AGCUAGAUGACCUAAACACAACCACAUUGCCUGUGUAGUUCCAUAUAAAUUUUACAUCAACAACAACAACAAUGUUUACAACCCUUACAACUGUAAGUCGAAAACAAUGGGACGCCAGAGAAUGUAAGCCCAGAAAAAAACUGAACCACCCGGUCAAGAAAGUAAUCAUCCAUAAGACAAAUUCUAAGGAAUGUUAUACUAAUCAUUCCUGUGAGUAUUUAGUUAGAAAACUGCAGAAGUUCCAUAUGAAAAAGGAUAAGAAGGCGGAUAUAAAAUAUAACUUUCUAAUCACAGUCAACAACAAUAUUUACGAGGGCAGAGGCUGGCAGUAUCAAGGAGAACAUACCGAAGGGCUGGACGACCAGAGCAUCGGCAUCGCGUUCCAGAUGCGAUACGGAGACCGUCCACCAGACGCAGAAGAAAUACAGCUGGCAAAAGAUAUAAUUCUAUAUGGAAUAAAAAAAGGCUACAUUGACGAAGAUUUUGAGGUUAUACCUCACAAUGCCCUUUCAGAUGAUAUUGUCUGCCCGGGACUUGUAAUGCUAGAAGAGUUGAUAAAUUUCCCGAAAAAAUUAAAAAGACAAAAGGAAAAGGAGAAAUUAAGAGAACAAUCGGGUUAA